AUGUCUUUAGCCCGCUAUCUGCGUCAUCUGCCGUUUCUUUCCUCCUUGUCGCUGUCAGCAUGCCAGAUUCACGACGCAGGAGCAGGGCUGGUCGGCUCUGUCCUCUAUACCAACUCCAGAAUCUUUGAGCUCAGGCUGUCGCACAAUCAGAUCGCCGACGAGGGUCUGGAGCUCUUCGCCUCCUGGAUCCUCGUCCGCGGGCUGAGAUCCAACAUCGGAAGGAUCAAACUGGACGCGAACCUCCUCGGUGACGGUAGCGUCCACUGGCUGAAGAAGGCUAUGCAGACGAAGAGGAGUCUGACUGACAUUUCCCUGCGAGGAAACAACCUCUCCCGUCCUGCUCUCCGUGUGCUGUCAGAAGCGGUCGGCUGCCUGACUUCCCCCCGUCUUUCUCUUCCCCGUCUCAACCUCACGCAGGUCAUGGCAAACGAGCACGUGGCUCGGUUGGACGUCCGCGACUGCUCGGAGGACGGAGGGAGGAAGUGUGCUCUCGGCGCAGACUUCGGGGGGAGGAGGAGCCUGUCGACCAAGGAGGAGGAGGAGGAGCAAGAGUGGAGGAAAGCUCAGCAGCAGCUUCGGGAGACUCUACUCAGGAUGGGAUUCCAGGAGGCGGAGGUGCAUGCUGUGCUUCAACAUUGCUUCAACUUCGAGGAUGCGAUCCAGAUGCUCAGCGGAAACCAACGCACCAGCAUGUGA